UAUUUUUUACUAAUCUCUACAUAGAAGUUGCCUUUCUAUUGUUAUCUACGCCUAAGUUCAAAAUGGCCACGUAAACAAGGACACAUGUUGAAGAAUAAUAUUGACACACUUUGUUUAUCACCAAAUGCAGUAUUUAUCCUAAAUCUCCUGGCAGUUACAUGAUUUUUAUGUCAUGGUGUACACGUUAACAGCAUCAGGUUGCUAGCAGAAAUAUUUAUGUUUUACACAAUCGGUAUGUUUUUUUUUUUUUUUUUUGUUUUUUUAAGUAUGUAUUGACUGGUAUGAGUUGCUGGUUACCGUUUGUCAGUCCAAUUUUGAAUGUUAACGAUUUGGAGUAGCAGAAAACUGAAAUGGCCAACUCUUCUUGCAGUCUUUUUUGUGGCAUAACCGUACAUAUUUUGCCUUCAGGUAUCGGUUCAAAGCGACUGACUCUCUUAGAAAACUUAGUUAAGUCGCAUGGGGGCCAGAUUGCACCCAAGAUAACUGAUGGUAUUACAUAUGUGUUAGUUGAAGAAAAGGCAUUUUCAGAGCCAAACAUGUACGAGAAAAUUCUUGAUAAGGCUUCAGAUGGAAAUGACUCAAAUGCUAAGGUUGUUAGUGUAGCAUGGCUUAGUGAAUGCCUGAAGAGAAAUGAAAAGGUCAAUGUUGAAAGGUUCGAGCUUCUGAAAAAUGAUUCAUCUGAAAUGACUCCAUCAAACAAACGUUCAAGUGAAUUAGAAAUAAUUCAAAAUUUGGAAAGCAUUUCAUCGCAUGUUGUGGAGAAUUCACUACCAAAAAAACUAAAGCCUGGUAAUACUGAGGUGUUACAGAAGUUUGUGUGCUCCCAGCCCUCCAACCAGCGCAGAGAGGGAGCUCCUUGCAACACGCAGAUAGUGGCUGAACUCCAGAAACUGGCAGAUGCUUUUAGAAACAGGCGCGAUCAGUGGCGAGCCCUCGGCUACGAGAAAGCAAUCAGCGCAAUUAAGGCCCACAACAAGCCAAUCACAAGCUUUGAGGAGGCCAGAGCGCUGCCCGGCGUGGGCGCGAAGAUGGCGGCCAAGGUGGUGGAGGUGCUGGAGUGCGGGAGCCUGCGGAAAGUGAAGGAGAUCUGCGAGGACAACAAGUCCAAGGCCCUGGCGUUGUUCACCGAGGUGUGGGGCGUCGGGCCAGCCACGGCCGACAGUUGGUACCAGCGGGGGUUCCGCUCACUGGAUGACCUGCGGACGAAGGCAAACCUGACCAGGCAGCAGAAGAUAGGCCUGAAACUGUUCGAGGACCUGCGGGAAAGGAUACCUCGGGAGGAGGUGGAGCGGAUCGGCUCCGUCGUGCGUGACGCGGCUCUGGGCCUGGACCCGGGGCUGGAGGUGGUGCUUUGCGGCUCGUACCGGAGGAGCAAGGCCACGUGUGGGGACGUCGACGUCCUCAUCGCGAUUCCCGACGGCCGUCCGCGGGACGUCCUUCCCCAGCUCCUCGGCGACCUCAAGAGAACCGGCUUCAUCACCGACGACCUGGUCAGCUUGGAGGUCAGCGGCAACCAGAAGAAGUACCUAGGCGUUUGUCGCCUCCCAGGAGCUGGUCAGUAGCAUCGGAGGCUGGACAUCUUCGUGGUUCCCCGUGCGGAGCUCGCCCCAGCCCUGAUGCACUACACGGGCUCCGCCCUGUUCAACCGCUCCAUCCGGCUGCUGGCGAUCAAGAAAGGCAUGAGCCUCUCGGAACACAGCCUCAUGGCGGGAGUGGUCAGGCAGGGCCAUGCAAUCCUGAACGAUGGCCACCCUCUGCCCACCCCGACUGAAGAGAGUAUAUUCCGACACCUAGAGCUGGAGUACAGGCCACCUGAGGAGAGAGACCAUUAAACAAGUGUCGCUUGCCUCACGUGUCACUGCUGGCAUUGAGAGUACAGUAAGGAUGCUGUAGGUACUAUGUGAAAUUGUGUCCUGCACAGUACUACCAAAUACAGUGCUACAGUACUCAUAUGUUAAAGACUCUUUCUCACACGCAGUGUUGGUUAUUGUAUUUUCUUGUCAGCACCAUCACAGGAAUUCUUCUCCUUUAAAUUUAUCACGAUAGUGCUGUUGCAUUUUAUUUUCUGUCACACUUUUCUUGAUAGAUAUUUGCUGCAUUUUAUCCAAGAGCUGUGUAACAUCACGCAGUUGUUCAUAACUGUGAUACUUGUGUGACCUUUUAGAGCUUGAAAAUAAAUACAUAACAUUUAGUAAACAUCCACAACAAAUGCGAGAGAGCUAUUGGAAUAAAUUUACAGAUAAAUCUCUCAAUUAACUGACGUGACAAGAAAAUUAAAAUGACCGAUUUGAUGUGUGAUACAGAGCCUUUAGGCUAUAUUAACAUGUUUUUAAAAUAAAAUAUAUAACCUUUUUUAUAUAUAUAACUAUUCAUAUGAAAUUGGUUUUGUAAUUGUGUAAUGGCUUUAAGAGAGAUGUGUUUUUAUUCUUGUGAUUUGUGAAAGUUUGUUAGCUGUUUUAGCACUGAACUAGUCAAAUAUUUGUGCAGUACUCAUUUUAACUUAAAAUAAUGUUUGGAACCUAUGUUGUUAGUAACACCAACCACAUAUUUUGAAAUGUGAUGAAUAUUAUUUUUAUCUACAUAAUUUUGUUUGUUACAUCAUGCACAAAGAAGACAAUUUGUAUCCACUGUUGAAUAAAGUUUUAAUAAUGAUUCUAUGUUAAUGAGGUGUGUUUGUGUAGGUCAUUGAUGUUUACUGAUGACAAUAUGUGUGUUUCACACUCUUGACAACAAUUGCUAACAAACUGUUUCGAAGUCAAGACAGUUAUAUCAUAGGCAAGCCUUUCCUCUCAUAAUACUAUAAAUCAGCGAUGGCCAACUUCACUUUUUUCGUUCGAGGGUCAGAUGUCAUUCUUGAACCUAAUUCUAAGGCCAGCCACAUAUUAACAUGACAUGCAUUACAAAAAUUGUUUAACGCCAUAUUAUUCUCUUUCAAUAACAAAUAAAUGCAAACGUAACCUAUCAUGAUUCAAGGGGCAGCUUCAAGGCUGAGCUAGAAGGACAACCGCCCAGCUCAAUACUACACCGACCCACUUGUAAAGUAAAAUGUUCAUCAUUAAAUUGUAAAAUCCUGUUCAUUACAUUAUGUAAAUAUCAUAUAUAUAUAUUUUGAUUUUAAUAAUGUUAGAUUCAUCUUUAUUGUUAUUAAUUUUUGUACUUACAAUAUAUAAAUUUACCUAAACCAUCAUUAAAAAUUUAGGCUCAUGGUUGGCUUAAAAGUGUUAAUUUAAAGAGGGUUUUUUUUCUGGGAUCUAUUUUUUCCGGGGGCUUUCAUAACCACCAAAAAGGGGAGGUGAGCCUUUCGUGAAGCCACUCUCCCAAAAAUUAGGGCCACCUCUGCAUGAAGUAAAUAAAAGUAAUUCUCUUAAAAAUAAUUUUUUUAAAAAUAUGUAACAAUCAAGAAUUCUUAUUAAAAAAUACAUAGGCAUAUUUAAAAAUAUUUUCUUUGUUAUUUCCGUGAAGAUAUCAAAGCUUCAUAACUGUAUAUGCUAACAACUUAAACAUAAUCAUGCAAACAAAGACAUCUUAUACACAACGGUACCUAAACCUUUAAAUAUUUAUUUGCUGGAAGAUUCUGUAAGUGGGCUGUGUGAAACUGAAACUAUGUCGCAGGCCACAAGAUGGCUAUCAGUAAUCUCAGAGCAGGUUAGCACAGUGGUCCAGAGGUCCUGGGUUCGAAUUCUAGUUCGUCCAUCCUGAGGUAGUUCUUUAAUACAGACCAAGCUCGAUUCCUUUCCCCCCAGUACCCCAGCGCUGUCAAGUUUCGUGUUAAUUAUUGUCUUUAAUUUUUUUUUAUAUCACAAGUGCAUAGCUGCCAAUCCUUAUGAUUUUCCUGUACAAUGUAUGAUAUUUGGCCCUAUAGUACUAUUGUUCAAUCAUGUAUGUUUUUCUUUCAGAAAUCAUUACUUUUGGAGUGUGGUUCAUUGGUUUGGAUGUACCAUAGUAAAAAAUUGGGCACAAUUUUUUCGUAAAAUUUAUGCUAAUAAAGCAGGGUGCAUGGCUUAUUCAACAUCUGAUAACGUUGCAUGGCAACGCCACAUACCACAAGGUUCGUGUUUGACAAGGCUAAUGUAAUUUUACAGUCACAUACAUGUUAAAAAAAUUGCUUGUAAAAUUUGUAAAGCCACCUGUAAUCAAAACAACACCAAUAUUUUGACGUCGACCCAAGUGUCUCCCCGGCUCCUUCAGGCCGUUAUGCCUCGUCAAUGCCCUCUCUUGCAUUACUAGUGCAACCUAAGUGCAGUGUCUACAAACAGGGACGCACCCGCGUGCGCCCUGGAACGUCCAAAGGCAAUCUUGUGUCUUGUAAAUAAUUUCUAAUAUCUUAUACUUAUUGUCACUAUGUUCCGUUGUAAAUAUUCACGAGUGUCUACGUUUUGGUUAAUACUUUGUAAUGUUGUCAUAGUUCUUAACUUGUGUUCACGUUUUUGGUAUAAUAAUUUAUAAUGUCUUUUUCUUUUUAAUAAUUUGCAUUUAGAUAUUUUUGUAUAUAUUUUUAAGUGCUUAUGCUGUGUCAGUAACAUGUAGAUCCGCAAGCCUGGCCCGCCGCGCGAGUCGCGUCUCCCACGCCCGCCCGUUUCCCCUUCCUCCCCUCCGCAGCCCGCGCGGGCGGGCGGCGGAGUGUCAGUUAGUUGCUUGCUGGCAGUCACACGGAGCGGACCUGCUUCGCUCUGCUCCGCGAGAAGUAGCACGGAGUCCGGGUCGCAGCAUGGAUGAAACGUCUGUCAACGGACGUGGUCGUCCAGGCUGUGACAGGAUUUCCAGUGAUAAAUCUUGUUAACAAGAUUGCGUCUUCGUCACUUCGCAAUUCACUCCGCUCGAGAUGCAUGCUGUGCACGUCUGAACCUUCUUACUUUCUUAACCAGUUCGUUUCGUCACGGGACUGCCUCCGCAGUCACAUCGAGUCGCAUCCCAGUUGUUACGAGUGUUUUUCCGGGAGUCCGGGUCGCGGCGAGGGAGGACGCUCGUCCCGCAACGCGUCGGCCAGGCUGCGACAGGGCUUUUAACGGAAUAAAGGAGCUCGUGAAAACGGA